AUGACACUGGUCGGCGCCGGUCCGACCGCUGAGGCCAAAUUCCCGCUAACGGAGCUCGCUGACGAUUUUGAUACAGCCACAGCCACGAGAUUGAUGGACAGACGAGUGGCCGCCGACGGCCUCGAGGAACGCGCGCCGUGUCAAGAAAGCCAACCGGACGGAUACCGGGGCGAUGUCGGCGCUUGGGGAGGGGCAGGUGAGCCAGACUGGCGGACCAGUUCGUCGCGUACCACGGCUGCCUGCAUGUCGGUCAUGUCACCAGAGAAAGGGAGCGAGCACGAGACCGUAUCGCGGGAAGAGCUGCAUGAGCUGGAGCAGAAGGAGCAGGCUCUCACCACAGGCGCCAGACAGACAGCAGUUGCGGAAGAGGAGGGCAGUCGGGAGAGGUCGCCAAUCUGGCACGACCCACCGCCAGCCAGCACAGCAGUCCAUGCGAUCAGCACAACAGCGCCAGCCGGCAAGACCGACACGGCGUCUGGGUCCGGGUCCGGGUCCGGACUCACAGAAUGGCGGAAAAGCCAGGCCCAUCUGAUGCAGACACUCGGACGGACAGCCAAGGCAGCCGAGGCAGCCGAGGCACACGUCGAGGCCAGCGCGAUGCCGUCGGCCAAGGAUGUGCACUAUCUGUUUGAGAAGUACCUCAUGGGAUCCCACGUGCAGAACCCAUUCCUGCUCCGGCACGAGGUCGAGCAGCUGUACGUGCGGGUCUUCUCGGCCAGCGAGAGCGGCGAUGCUGUGGGCCAGGCGACGUCGCAGGACAUCUUCCGCACGUUUAUGAUCCUGGCCAUCGCGACCGUUGUGCCGUACCGUUUGGGCGAGCACCCGCACCACCCGUUGGGCUACUAUCUGGCGGCAAUGCCGCACUUUGGAUCGGACUUUCUAGCGACGAAGCUAGAGUCGGUGCAGGACCUGCUGCUGAUCUGUCGGUUUGGGAUAUUCUACCAUAUAGGAACGUCCAUCUGGGACACGAUCCAGCUGUGUGGCCGGCUCUGCAUCGAGCUGGGCCUGCACCGGCCGCGGGAGAGGCCGGCGGCAGACAUGCUGCAGGAGCAGAUCGAGCGGCGGGUGUUCUGGGAGUACUACAUGCUGGACCGGUACAGCUCGACGACGAUCAGCCGACCGUUUGCGCUGGCGGACCGGGACAUCACGGUGCCGUUCUGUGCGGACGCAGACGACGAGGAGAUCCGACAGGCCGGCGCAGCCCAGCACCACGGCCACCGUCUCGACCUCGACACGUUCUGCCGGACGCGCACAGCCUCGGGGCCGACAGAGAUGAGCGUCUUUUUGCUGUGCGUGCGGCUGCGGCAGAUCUCAUCGCGCAUCCAGACCGAGUUCUCCCAGCUCGUCUCGGGCUCGUCGGCAGCCAUGGGCAGCGGUCCGACCGCACCGCCAGCCUUUCUGCUGACCGGCCGCAUCUACGCCCUGCUGGACGACAUCCUGCGGGCGAUUGACGAGUGGCGUCGUGGCGCGCCCGUCUUUGCCGCACCGCGCGUCCUCUACGAGAUGUCCGAGUGGUACGACCUGCUGCUGGCUCGCGAGCGGUUGCACGCCGUCCGCAAGGCCAUGGACUUGGCUCCGAAGCACGACGACGGUGGUAGCGGUGGUGGCCUGCCGGCUCGUCACCUGCUGGCCCUCUGCCUCGAUGCCGCCACCAACACCAUCCGGCUCUACGGCGGCCUCUUCCACAGCCACGUGGUGACCUACACCCGCUCCUACUUCCACACCGUCUUCACCGCCGGCCUGUCCGUCAUGUUCUGCUGCUGCGCUUCCUCGCCCGCUCAGCGACAGCGACAAAACCGCGACCGGGACCCAGACCGGGAUCGUGCCGAUGACUACGAUCACUCCCGCGAGCGCAUCCGUCAAGCCCGCUCCGUCCUCGUCCUCUGCGAGCAAACCCUGGCCCACAUGGGCGCCCAGCUGCCCGAUGCCCGCGGCUAUGUCACCGCCUUUGAGGCCCUGCACAAGAGCGUCUCCCUUCCUAUCAAACUGAUCGUCCCCGCAGGCGUCUCUCGCCCGGCCGCUCGGCACACGUCCAGGACCCGGCCUUGUGGGACGUCGCAGCCGCCGCCAGCAACGCCAGCAACGCCAACGUCGGCACCCUCGCGGCCUUGUCGCCUUCGACUUCCUCUGUCAUGGCUGCUGCCGCCUCCAUGA